AUGCUGUGGUUGAGAGCCGGCGACCAUCGCAUUCACCAUUUGUAUCCAGAACCUUACGCAUCCCUGAGUAACUGCACGCGUGCCGGUGGCAGUGGCGGCCAGGUGCAACUGUGGCAGUUUUUGCUGGAAGAGCUGGCGGCCGGCGCGCCGGGAAUCUGCUGGGAGGGAGCUCCAGGCGAGGGUGAGUUCCGACUGUCGGACCCCGACGAGGUGGCGCGGCGCUGGGGCCGGCGCAAGCAGAAGCCCAACAUGAACUACGACAAGCUGUCGCGCGCCCUGCGAUACUAUUACGACAAAAACAUCAUGACCAAGGUGCACGGCAAGCGGUACGCGUACCGGUUCUGCUGGGCGGGGCUGGCGGCGGCGUGCAGCGCGCAGGCCGACGCGCCGCCCUGCUGGCGCUGCCCGCUCCCCACCGCCGCGGCCACACACACCCCCACAACACACCCGGCGCCACACACCACGGAAACAGCGCCCAACCUGCGACCCCCCUGGAACUAG